GACUACCGGUCCACGACUGCUUCUGAGGGCGUGAUGAGGUCCCCGGCGAUCAUCACGUUUCUGCUGUCAAUCACGAUGCUUUGGACAGCGGCGGAGCUGCCGGACCAGCAAGUGAUUGAUGUGAUGAGUCUUCAAGACUCCAAGAAGAGCAUCACUGCAGUGGAGAAGCUGUCUCGUGGUCUGAGCGCGCUCAGUGACAUCUACAUGGUGUCCACUUUCCGUCUGCCACCCAAGAUGGGAGGCGUUCUACUGGGCGUGUACAGCAAACAGGACAACAGGAAGUACUUGGAGGUGGCCGUCAUGGGAAAGAUCAGCAAAGUGUUGCUUCGUUACACGCGAGCAGACGGAAAGGUCCACACAGUCAACUUGCAGAACGUCAACCUGGCCGAUGGGCGGAGCCACUCCAUCAUCCUGCGGCUGGGAGGCCUUCAGCGGGACAGCAUGAUGGCAGAACUUUACGUCGACUGCCGAUUGGCCGACUCGGUUCAGGGCGUGCCGCAUCCUGUGCCCCUUCCGCGGGAUGCGGAGAUGGUGGAGAUUCGACACGGACAGAAGGUGUAUGCUCGCUUGCAGGGCGCAGUGGUGUCGCUACAAGUGGCUCUAGGGGGCAGCGUGGCCGAAGCCGGCGUCCUGAUUGACUGUCCCUUUCAAGGUGACUCCUCCCAUAACUUAGUGGGCGGGGACAUCCACGCCAUUCUGGCUGAUCAUGCCAAAGCUCUGAUUGGUCAGCUGGUCAUCUUCAAUCAGAUCCUUGGAGAGCUACGACAGGACAUCAAGGAGCAGGUGAAGGAGAUGUCGCUGAUGAGGAACACCGUCUUGGAAUGUCAAGUUUGCGGUUUCCACGAACCGCGCUCACGCUGCUCCCCCAACCCUUGUCACAAGGGUGUGGCCUGCACCGAAAGCCCGAACUUUCCCGGAUACACCUGCGGACCCUGCCCUGCUGGCACUAGCGGCAACGGCACACACUGUGGUGAAGUGGACGAGUGUGAAGCGUACCCGUGUUUCUCUCCUGAUGCCUGUGUCAACACGGUGGGCGGCUUCAGCUGUCUUCCGUGUCCUCCUGGCCUGUGGGGGGCGCCAAUGGCUGGCAUCGGACUUGACUAUGCAAAGACACACAAGCAGGAGUGUGUAGAUAUGGAUGAGUGUGUAGAUCUACCCGACGCCUGCACGCCAAACUCGGUGUGCACCAACACGGUGGGUUCAUUCAAGUGCGGGGGGUGUAAACCUGGUUUCCUUGGUAACCAGACCGCAGGAUGCUUCCCCCGUAAUUCAUGUGCCACGUUGACCUUUAACCCCUGUGACACCAACGCCCACUGCAUCAUUGAGUGGAAUGGAGACGUUUCCUGCAAGUGUAAUGUGGGCUGGGCGGGGAACGGGAACACGUGCGGUGUGGACACAGACAUCGAUGGUUAUCCUGACCGUUCGCUGCCCUGCAUGGACAACAACAAACACUGCAAACAGGACAAUUGCAUUUCCACUCCAAACUCGGGUCAGGAGGACGCUGACAAUGACGGGAUUGGCGAUCAAUGCGACGAGGAUGCGGAUGGGGAUGGCAUAAAAAAUGUGGAGGACAACUGCCGUCUGGUUCCCAACAAAGACCAGCAGAAUUCCGACAGCGACUCUUUUGGGGACGCGUGUGACAAUUGUCCCAACGUGGCCAACAGCGAGCAGAAGGACACGGAUGGGAACGCUCGAGGAGACGCGUGUGACCUUGACAUAGACGGAGACGGAAUACCAAACGUCCUUGACAAUUGUCCAAAGGUUCCCAAUCCCAUGCAGACGGACCGAGAUCGAGAUGGAGUCGGAGAUGCGUGCGACACUUGUCCUGAACUCAGCAACCCUACACAAACGGACAUCGAUAACGACUUAGUGGGAGACAUCUGUGACACAAACCAGGACACGGACGGAGACGGUCACCAAGACAACAGAGACAAUUGUCCUGACAUUCCAAACAGUUCCCAAUUGGAUUCAGACAACGACGGCCUCGGCGACGACUGUGACCACGAUGACGACAAUGACGGCGUCCUUGACGACCGCGACAAUUGUCGUCUCAUUGUUAACCCAAACCAGAAAGAUUCCGAUGUCAACGGCGUAGGGGACGUGUGCGAGGACGACUUUGACAAUGACGCCGUCCUGGAUGUGAUUGACGCUUGUCCUGAGAGCUCUGAGGUGACGCUGACAGACUUCCGGGCUUAUCAAACAGUCAUCUUGGACCCAGAAGGCGACGCCCAAGUUGACCCCAACUGGGUGGUUCUGAAUCAGGGAAUGGAGAUUGUCCAGACCAUGAACAGUGACCCGGGUCUCGCCGUCGGCUACACGGCGUUCAACGGCGUGGACUUUGAGGGAACGUUCCACGUCAACACAGUCACGGACGAUGACUACGCCGGAUUUGUCUUUGCCUACCAGGACUCGUCUAGUUUCUAUGCCGUCAUGUGGAAGCAAACGGAGCAAGAAUAUUGGCAGUCCACGCCCUUCCAUGCCCUCGCCCAAGCCGCCCUGCACCUCAAGGCAGUGAAGUCUCGGACUGGACCGGGUCAGUUCUUGAGGAAUGCACUGUGGCACACAGGGGACACAAGUGGCGAGGCCACACUGCUUUGGAAGGAUCCGAGGAACGCUGGCUGGAAGGAUAAGACAUCGUAUCGCUGGCAACUCAGCCACCGCCCCCAAGUGGGCUACAUCAGAGUUCGUCUCUAUGAGGGUGCCGACAUGGUCGCCGACUCUGGCGUGGUGAUUGACAGCACCAUGAGAGGCGGGAGACUGGGAGUCUUGUGCUUUUCCCAGGAAAACAUCAUCUGGUCCAACCUGCGCUACAGGUGUAACGACACGCUUCCUGAAGACUUCCAUACGCAUCGCAUGCAACAUGUCGUGAUGCAUGUGCAGGUGUGAUACCGGCGAUAAGUACCAACAUUGGCGGGUGGAGGCGGGGCCAUCCUGGACUGAUGAGCUGUCAAUCACAGGACAAACGUUAAUAAAACUGAAAUGAUGGCAAA